GUAUAUCAAUCAGCCUAUGAAUGGCAGGACAUGUAGUGAUGCUAUUGCUCACAUUGGCGCCAGUGUUCCCACCAGCUACCGGCAGUCUGAAAACCAAACUCGGCUGUCACGCUCCUAAAUCUAUCGAUGGACCCAAAAGUCCCUUUACAGGGCGCAGGGCCUCGCCCUCUCUCCAGUUCGUUUCUGUGUUUACAAGACACGGGACAAGAGGACCUUUGGGAGACUUCCCAGAAUUCCCCUACCCUCUCAGUAACGUCUCCAGCUGGCCUUAUGGACAGUCGCAGCUUACUAUGGUUGGGAGAGCACAAGCUCACAGGUUGGGAGCCAAGAUCCGGGCUUUGUACAACGAGUUUUUGAGUGAGGACUACAAUGAAAACGAUAUAAAGGCUUACAGCACUCUAACUGACCGGACGUUCAUGACGGCAGAACUGUUUCUGGCAGGGCUGUAUCCACCCCAGGAGUACCAACUAUGGGACGAAAAGUUUCCCUGCCAACCAAUUCCAGUGUAUCCAAGUACACUGGAUAAUAUCGAGGUUGUCCUGUCUCCAAAAUCUUGCCCUCGAUUUAAAAAGGCGUACGACGGAUCACUGUCUAACUUUGAAAAGGAAUUCUCUCAGAACAUAACGGAUAUCAUGAAAUAUGUGCAGCCCUACACUGGUCUGUCUGUCGACAACGAGACCAUGACGUCAUUGCGACACUCAGUAUUCAACCUGUGGGAAGCUCUGUACUGUGCGACAGCAGAAGGGUUUCCGAUCCCGGACUGGGCUCAAAAUAUCUUUCGACAACCUCUGGAGAACUUGAUAGUGAAACUAUAUCUGGCAAUCAUAUCCGGUUCCGAUGAACAAAUUAGGCUCUUUGAAGGGAUGCUAUUCCAAGAUCUGAUAAAGACGAUGGAAGCCAAAGUGAACGGUACCUUGAAUCCGGACAGAAGAUUUAUCCUGCACUCCAGUCAUGACGGCUCGCUUAUGGCGCUCCAGACCAUCCUGGGAGUGCUGGAGUACGAAUCGGCUCACCUAAUCGUGGACACAGGAUCUGCUCUGAUUUUCGAACUCCACAAGGACCCUGUCACCAGUCUAGAGUAUGUCCAGGUGCUGUUCAUACAAGGACAUUCUGCAGACUUGAAUCCUGAAGACAUCAACAUACCGGGUUGUGGCUCUCCCUGCGAAUUCAACAAGUUGAAGAAAAUUACUGAGAAAUACUAUAAUAUUACAGACUUCAAGAGGGAAUGUUUACUUUAGACAUGGAUCAUCCUGUGUCGUUCAUUUAUUAUUAUGUUUUAGUAAAAUAUAACCAGUGGUGUUAUAUGGAAGUUUGGCAGGUCCUGGAAAAUUCAGAGAGACUUCAGGGGUGCAUAAACAUUCAGUGGUCAAUAGCAGCAUCUCUUGGAAGCUUAUAUAUUGCUAGUAACAUAUAUACAGUAGGAGUGUACUACAGUAGGCUACCUGUCGCGUAACAGGUUUCUCUCAAGUAUGCAGAUCAUUUCAUGUCCUCAGGAAAAAACCUCAGGUAGACAGAGAGAAAACCUGCCAGUCUACUGAAAGAACUUCAGUGACCCUCAGUCAAAGCCCAUGGUCAGACAUACACCUCCAUCGAACUAAUUUUGUCCACGUAGCAAUGGAGUUUUAGCCAAAUUUAAAAUCUAAAGAUCAAAUUGUUCUAGAGAUAUCCUACAGAAAGAUCUUAGGAUAUUGCUAAUCCAAAGGUUUUUCUUAACAAUACAGUCGUUCUGCAGGAUCUGAUGUAAUCCAAGGUCGGACUUAGCUAUUUCAGUGAAAUUUAGAGAAAUUCUAUAGCCUGUGCAUGAUACUUAGUACUAUACCCCUGAAACUAUAUAAGGGUCUAAAAAAUCUUUGCUUCUAGAAGACUGUUUGAACCAAAAAGCAAACUGAUCCUUCGGUUUAGAAAACUAUGGGCUUCGUUCAUGGGAGUGUUUGAUUAGUCUUUCUAAACUAUUUGUAAAAUUGCUACACAUAACGUUUUGGUUGGAAACUGACAAAUAAAUAUUGGAUUCCAACGCAAUUUAAACCCAUAGUAAUUGUCAAAUUUAGUUCCUUCGGAAAAUAUUUCUCACCCAAUUCAAAACGUUUGUCGGAGAGAAUUGUUGUUCAAACAAGGAUGACGUUGUGAACACAAAUAUUUAUUCUGUUUUUUCUUUUUGUUUUCUUUUUAUGAAACUGACUCAAAUAUGGAGUUACAUCUCCAUCAUGGCUGAAAUGAGAUGAUGCUAACUCAAAAUCAUCCGUAUGUCUCUCUUAUACAGAGUGUUCCGGCAAUGUUUAAGGAAUUUGUUCUCCUUGUCAAAGCAAAAAAAAAAAGAAAUAUAAACAAGGGUUAUAAAUGCUUAGUUUAUCGUAUGUCUUUAUGUAUGUGUUUUUAGUUGUUAAUUUCAAAAAUCAGUAAAAAUAAUUCAAAUUUUGCAAAAUUAUUUUUUUUUUUUCUAAAAGCAAGUGGAAACUAAUACUAAACUAUCAUUUCACAUUUCAAAGAGGCGGACAGUUGGAAAGGAAAUUGAACUUUUAGAGCUAUUAAAAUGAAAAUAAAAUUUAUCAAACUAUUUACAAUUUUUAUACUUAAAAUAUAAAAAUCUACCAAUAAAUAAUGUAGAUGUAUGCUUUUAACAGAUGUAAUGCUCGGAAAAAAACUGUCAUUGUUUAUAUGUUUACUGCAUAAUUAAAGGAACAAAAAUUUUUUUAAAAUAUGCAUUGAUUUUCAACUGUUUUUAAUUUAACUAUUUAGAUUUUCAUUAUAACUCACAUGAUGAAUGUAAUUCCAAGUAAUAUACUUUAUAUUGUAAAUAAAUACCAUUACACAUAACAUUGAUUCAAUGUAAAUGUUAAAUCGCUGCAACAGACAACUCCUGGAAUGUGACUCUUGAGCUGAGAGGAAGGUACUCAAUUUCAGGAGUCAAGUCUGUGUAGCACGACAAUUUUAUUUAAAAUAUUAACCUGGUUAUAUUUUCUUUAUUCAUACAUGACUAAAGGACAACAUGCAGUUGUAAAUCGUCCAACCGAAAAAAUCCACUUGAUUAUUGAUACUUAUUGUGCUGUUACUGUUCCAUGUCAUUUAUCUUGUUAGGAAAUUGUGAGAUGGAUUAAAAAAACAAAAUGUGAGUCUCAUGUAUGAUGUUUAAUGUGUAUCGAAUCACAUUGCUGAAGCCUGAAUCAGUCUUGCCAGAGCUGUUUCAGUUGCAUUUUUGUUUAAGAAAGUAUUACAAAUCAAGAAGUAUACAUUUGUGUACCGGAAGUGCACUUAAAACUUGCUCCAAAAGAAUUAUGUUUAUUUCAUUUCAUUUUGGACAUAACUGUCAUCAAAUUAUAUUGUAAAAUUUAUAUUUACUUUUUUUUGUGUUUACUCUCUAUUUUGCUGAAGUGCUCCUUGAAAACUACCAUUUAAUAAAAGGACUUGAAACAAACUAUGUUUUUAUGAAUAUACUUUUAACCCUUUGAAACGGUCAGCUAAAACCUCCAAGAAUAGUUAAAUGAUUGGUGCGUCUAGUUCUAGUUAACUAUCCUCGGACAUUCAGGAAUCCAGAGUAAAACUUGAGCGCAAAGCGCAUGGACGGUGAAUGCUUCAUUUUAAUUAAACUGAGUCAAUCACAAUUACUGAGUCAAGUUGACUAUAUAAUUUAAGGUCCUCUCUGCUCAAAUUAUGACUACAAAAUAUCAAAUCAAUCUCAAUUAUAACACAUAAAACUACUUAAAACGUAUUUUGCCACUUAAAAAUACCCAUCUACAAUUUAUUUCAUUG